UACCCUCACUAAAUAUUCACCCUUUCAGCUACAUUAUGGCUGCAACCCAAUCCCAUACCGACUUCCUGGCAUCAUGUCAAGCUAUUAGGGAAAAGGCUAAGAACUAUGUUCAGUUCCGUCCUGCCCUAUCCCCGGAAGACCCCAAGGCGCGCUUCCCCGGGUUUCAACAGGGGCUUACUACUUUCAAGGCUGGACAUCAGGUGGAAAAAGACGCGAAACCCCUGCCGGUUGACAUCCUCAUGCAUGAAAGCAUGUAUAUAGUCCUUUCCGACGGUACCAAACUGUAUUACGAUAUCUUCUUCCCAGCUGGCUACGAAAAUCUCGAGGUCGUUGACACGAACAAGAAGAUUCCCGCAUUAGUUGCCUGGAGUCCUUAUGGCAAGCAAAAGGGUGGAACGCUACUGGAUGAUUUCCCGUUCCGUGCUGGUGUACCUAAACAUUGGCUAUCUGGCCUACAGAAAUGGGAAGGACCGGAUCCUGGAUUCUGGUGUGCGGAAGGAUAUGCCGUUGUAAAUGUCGAUACACGUGGAGCUUACACUUCUGAGGGUGAUCUCGAGAUAAUGGGCCACCAGGAAGCUCAAGACGGAGCGGAGUUGAUAUCCUGGUUAUCUGGACAACCAUGGUGCAAUGGCAAGGUCGGGCUUACUGGCAAUAGUUGGUUGGCGAUAUCGCAGUGGAAGAUCGGAAGUUUGCGGCCUAAAGGCUUGGAAGCGCUCGCACCAUGGGAGGGAAUACAUGACCAUUAUCGCGACAACAUCUGCCAAGGUGGAAUUCCUUUUGAUGGCUUCCAUAAUUCAGUUGCUGAUACCCUCGCUAGCUAUGGCAAGCUGGAAGACCUACCUGGGGUUCUGGUCAAGAAUCCCCUUUACAAUGACUACUGGGAAGAUAAAAGAGCCAAAUGCGAGCAAAUCAACGUUCCCACAUACGUGGUUGGCUCAUGGACGAAUCCAGUCCACACAUCGGGAACCAUGAGAGCUUAUCGAUGCAUCCCUGAAUCUGUUCCCAAAUGGCUUCGAGUUCACAACUCGCAGGAAUGGCCAGACUAUUACGCCGAUUCCAGCUGUCGUGACCUAAAGAGAUUCUUUGAUUGCUUUCUGAAGGGAGAGGUGGAAAAUGGCUGGCUUGACACACCUAAAAUACGACUCAGCGUUUUGAACUUCGGAUUAGAUGGUUUGGACGAUACUCUGAAUCGGGCAGAGACUGCUUGGCCAUUGGCUCGGACCAGGUACCAGAAACUUUACCUGACACCUGAUGGACAAAUGAGCCCAUCAUCUUCUGGUCGGUCGGGCCAGGUUACAUAUGACUCCAAGGAUGGAAAGGCCAUAUUUCGGUAUCGCAUCCCCCAUGAUAUGGAGACAACAGGAUAUUUCAUUGUCCGCCUUGCAGUAUCUUGCCCAUCCAGCGAUGAUAUGGACUUGUUUGCUCAGGUGUGCUGUCUUCGUGGGCGCUCCGAAUAUAAGCAGGGUACUCUCACUAUCAAACCUGACAAUCUGAUAGUGAUCAAACUGUUAAAGCUCCUCCAUGACUGGCAGGUCGGCCUCCAGGGAGUGGGUAUGUUAUUCCACUGGGGCCCUGCCGGUCAACUCCGGAUCAGUCAUGCCCACCAGCUCAGUGACUAUGCUACCCCCUUUGAGCCUCUUUAUUCUCAUACCAAACGCAUACCAUUGACUAAGGGGGAGGUUCGAGUUGUUGAGAUCCCGCUCCGGCCCUACGGAAUGUAUUGGAGGAAAGAUGAUAUCAUGGAACUUACUAUUGCAGGUAAUCCGGUGCUACCAUUCCCAAUUCCUGGGGUCAAGCCGUUGCAGGCGACCAAUGCGGGAAAUCACAUCAUUCACUGUCUCGAUAGAGAUGAUAGUUCUUGCCUUGUUGUACCAUGUGUUUAG